GCAAAUCUUACUCGUUUGAGAUUGAGAGAGAACACAAUGCCACUACCCAACCAAAUCUCGAAAUGGAGAUUCCUUGGUCUCGCUUCAACCAUCAUAGGACUUCUCUGUUACGCUCUCAGUUCCUCCUUCAACUACUUAUUCGGGGAGUGGAACUUGUUCAAGGUCUUUCUUUACCUCGCUUUUAGCAUCUUCAUCAGUUUUGUAAUCUUGUUUGCAAGGGAAUGUCAAAUUUCAAAUAGUCUCAGACUCAAAGCACAUUGUGCCUUUCUGAUCUUAACAAUCACCUCUGUGUAUUCCUUUUUCUUCGACAAAGUAGUAAAUGGAAAACCAGAUGCAUAUAGCCUCAUUUCAUGUGCUGCUUUCGCUAUCGUGUCACUCACCAUGUCAAAGCAAACUCAAUGCGAAUUCGGAGUGGAUCUUCUUUAUUUUUUCCUUGGAUGUUUAAUAAUACAACUUAUGAAGAUUAAGCUGCUAUUAGGCAUAAUUGGAGCGUGUUUCAGUUACGCGCUAAUUAGUCUUCGUUUCUCCUUAGCCACGCCACACGGUGAGCAUCGUGUAAUCGAAAAUGAACAUUCAGUAGUUAUUGAAGUUGAUCCAUUGGAACUGGCUAGUAUGAUGCAAGAACUUAUGAAUUGUAUUAAGGCACUUGAAGAGAGUGAUUUGAAUCUCACCGACACGCUUUCGGAGUACCUUGAAGAUUAUGAUACUGAAUUAGAUUGUAACUUGGUGAUGGAUACGCUACCGUUGGAAACAAUCGAUAAUCUUCAUGAAAAGGUGAAGGUGAUGAUGGAAAUUGGAUUGGAGAAGAAGUGUUCUGAAGUGUACAGCACUUGCAGAAGAAAACGGUUGGAAGAGGGCGUAAUUGGAAAUUUGUUAGGAUUGAAAGUGAUCAACGUGGAGGAGGCACAUGUCGAAGAUUACAUGAUUAGAAAAUGGAUAAAGGCUUUUGAGGUUGCUAUAAGGAUACUAUUUCCCGGUGAGAGGGACCUCUGUUAUCGGGUUUUCUACGGGUUUCAAUCUAUUGCUGAUACUUGUUUCACAGAGGUUUGUCGAGGAACCACAAUUAAGAUGCUGAAUUUUGCGACUACGGUUGCAAGUGGAGGCACUUCGAAGUGGCGUUUGUGGCAAAUUCUCGACAUGUUUGGGACAUUAAGUGACCUAAUUUCGGAGUUUCAAUCGUUGUUUCCUAUGUCGUUGGUGAAUGAAGCAAUUGCGACAAGGAAUAGGUUGGGAGAAGCAAGCAGGGACGUUUUCAUUGAACUGGGGUAUCUGAUUUUUCGGUUUAAGAUGGUAUUCGUUCCACCCAAUGGCGGGCUUCAUCCGGUGACUAGGUAUGUUAGGAGCUACCUCGUUUCUGCUUACCGGUCACGCCGGUUACUGGAGCAAAUUUUACGAGAAUACCCCAACGUUGUUAAUGGAAGGAAAACAUGUUACUCAUUUUCUGCGCAGAUGGAUUUUAUAGUGGAGCGUUUAGAGAGGAAAUUAGCAGUGAAUAUCAAGAAUUACAAGGACGUUGCUUUGCGCUAUUUUUUCAUUAUGAAUAAUCUGAGUUGCAUAGAGGAUAUGGAAAAAGAGGAAGGAUUGGGAACCGUUUUGAGCGAUGAUUGGUUUCAGAAAACUAAAGCUAGAGUACAACAAAAUCUUGAGUUCUAUAAAAAAAACUCGUGGAAUAAGGUGUUGGAGUUGUUGAAGCUUGACGGCAAUGAGUUACUGGUGGCUAAUGUCGCAGCAGAUUCAAUGAAAGAUAAACUCUGUUUGUUCAACGAGAAGUUUAAGGAAAUGUGUAGUGUUCAGUCUACAUGGUUUCUCUUUGAUAAGCAGUUAAGGGCACAAAUAAUAGUCUCUCUGGAAAAUGUUUUGUUGCCAGCAUAUGGAAACUUUAUUGGGAGGUUCCAUGAUGUUCUUGGUGGGCACGCUUAUGAGUAUAUUAAGUUUGGGAUGUUUGACAUUCAAGAUCGACUCAAUCAUUUGUUUCUUGGAAACAGGAAGAAUAUAAGCAAUCUGCAAGAGCUACAAGGCUUGUUUAAAAUUAGAAAAUAAAAAUUUCAUCAUCGCAAACCAAGUUCUGUAGGGUUUGUGGCCUUAUCCCUCUCUACCAUGUAUAAUUUAAUUGCAUGCUUUAGUAUGUUUUAGAAUGGCUUGGGUCAGAUAUAAAACUCGGUUUAUGUAAAAAGUGAAAGAUAUCUUCAAUAGGAAUUAAAUAAUAUUAUUUAAAAGACAUUAAAAGGAAGUAAAAUCAGACAUAGGAAAACUUGGUGACUUAAUAAAAAAUAAAUGCUAAUUAUAUUCGUUUAAGAACAAAAAUUAUAUUUAUAAUACAAAAUUUAGUUAUU